GCCACACUUCGCCGCAUGAGCUCGCCUUCACACCACUUCUACCUCAAAACGUCUCCUGCAGCAUCGACGUGACUUUUCCACCUGGAUUCCUGAUAAAAUGGCUACCGAUACCCGUGGCAGCUCUUCCGGCGCAGAUGCCAUGUCUGCCGCUGAGCGUCUGCAGCAGCAGCAUGCUUCAGACCACUCACACAACCCAACUGUGGAAGAGGUGGUAGAUGAGGAUAUUCUGGCUCACCCACCCCCUUCAGGCCUGCCGUCGCUCACAGGUGAUGCCGGUGGCAACGUUGGUAGCUCUGGCAAGGCAUUGGGCAAGCAACCCGUCCGAGACAAUGUCAGCAAGCCGGCGUUCGACACUCAAUCCGAAGAGCUGUUCCCAGCGCUUGGAGCUCCGAAGAGCAAAGCCGCUGCUGCACCUUCAAUGUGGUCCAAGAAGCCAUCCGCGGUCGGCAAGGCUGCGAAUGGCCUCUCUAACGGUCAAGCCAAUGGAGCAGCUUCGUCUACGAACUCCUCGGGUGCAGCCUCCUCCGGUCUUCCUCGAGGACCCGUGCCACAGAUGUCUCUGCCCGGUCGUUACAGCGAGCAAAUUCAGCUGCACCCCUCUGUCAUGACUCCGCGAAAGGAUCUCAAGAAGCCAGUGGCCGAGAUCUUGCGCGAAAUCAACAAACGCUCGAAGGCGAAUGUUGAGAUGAAGUCUGGGCCUGGCGGUGUCAUCAUCUUCGAAGGGACUGGUCCAGUUGAUGCGGUUCGUAUCGCCCUCAAGGAGGUUGCGAACCAACUGUGCGCCAAGCAAAACAUCAAAGUUUCCAUUCCAAUUGGCGUUCGCGGAAAGAUUGUCGGCAAACAGGGAGCCACGAUCCAAGCUAUCUCAAAGAAGACUGGGGCUCGUAUCAACAUCUCCAAGCAAGAGGCCGCUGACAUCCUCGAGGAUGACGAUCUUGAGGCCACCAUUGACGUAUCCAUUGAGGGCGAUCCCUUUGCUGUCCAGAUGGCUAAGCAGGAUAUCGAAAAGAUCGUGAAUGAGCACACCUCGACUGUGAACACUCGUCUCAAGAACAUUCCUGCGGAGUACUACCCAUUCCUGUCGGGGGCCAACAAUUCCGCACUCGACGCUCUACUUCAGGGUCGAGACCUGAAGUAUAACGUUCCUCAAUACCACACUUGGAAAGAUCAAGCACCACCUCAAAAUCCCGUUAACCGUCAGCCGGCAGUAUUCGUGCCCCAAUCAGGACUACCCAUCCAGAUAUCCGGGGAGCGUCAGGCUGUCGCUGAGCUCAAGGCUGAGAUCGAGCGGCAGGUCCAGGAGCUUCAGCGUCGGAUAACGCUGGAGCAGAUGGCCAUCGAGCGUGGUCGUCACCAGUUCAUUGUUGGCGAAAUGGGAACCUCAUUGAAUGAGUUCUUGGCUGAAACAGGUUGCUCCGUGAUCUUGCCACCAGACAAUGACGAUUCGGAAUUGUUGACGGUCGUCGGCCCGCCAGAGCGAAUCGAAGAGGGUCUGAACAAGAUCAUGGACCUGGCGUCCAGCAUGGCAAUGGCGAGCGCGGACAUCGCGCGUCAACAUGCAACCGCUCCGCGAGGUGCUCAGGCGCAUGCUCGUGAUGUCACACGAUACCUCCAGCAGCGUAAGGGAAUUGAGCAACUCGAGCGACUUCACAAUGCUCGAAUCGUGCCCGAUAGCACGGGCGCGUGGCAGAUUUAUGCUCGUGAUGGAAAGAAUGCUAUGAAAGCUCGAUCUGACGUGAUGAACUUGAUUAGCGGCCAUCCUCCGACACGAUUCCAUGCCGUUGACGUCAACCCCUUUUUCCAUGAGCACCUCCGGGGUCAAGCUGCCACACGCAUCAGAGAGCAGCAUGGUGUUCACGUGGUUGUUCCUGAUGAUACAGAAGAGGGGACUGUCAUACUUGUCUACGAGGACAACGCUGCUGCGCCGGACUAUGAAUUCCCCAGGCGUCAACCUUCACCCCAAGACGCGAAAGCAUUCCAGCAGGCUCUUCAGGCAGCUCAGGCACAGAUCCUUGGACUGUUCGAAGGUCAGCAGUCGAUCGUCACACGUGACCUCGAGGCACCUGUCAAGUUCCACGACAAGAUCAGGAGACAUGUCGAUCGCCACCAUCAAUCGCAGCCUCAGGGACAGAUCCCUGUCCAAGUGUUCUACGGUGGCAGCAGUCAGCCGGCGCAGAAGCGGGCCACGGCGCCGAGUGUAAGCGUGCGCGGACCGGAAGACUCCGCCGACGCAUUGCUACAAAGUCUCUUGGCAUUCAUCGAACAAGAGAAACAAGAUGAGCUUGAACGUGGCUUCACUAUCGACUUUCCUUUCCCGCAACAAUAUGCCAACCACCUUAUUGGUCGAAAGGGAGAGAACAUCAACCGCCUGCGUGAGGAAUUCGAUGUCGAGAUUCAGCUCAAUGAUGGUAAAUGCCAGAUCAAAGGACCUGAGGCCAAGGCCAAUGCAGCCAAGAAGUAUAUUUUGGACAUGGGCCGAAAGCUGGAAGACGAGUCUACUCACCAUUUGAACAUUCCCGCAGAGUUCCACCGGGAGCUGAUCGGUCCACAAGGAGCUCAAGUAAACCGCCUACAAGAUCGUUACGGCGUCCGUGUCAACUUCCCACGUAGCCGACAGGUCGCCGAUGAUGCCUCUGUCGCCGACGACGUUCCGCACAGAAAGAACGAUCAACAGCCCAACGAGGUCAUCGUCAAGGGCCCAAGCAAGGGAGCCAACGAGUGCCGUGAUGAGCUGCUCAGUCUUUUCCAAUACAUCAAGGACAAUUCACACGUGGCCAUUGUGUCUGUCAACCAGAGCCAGCUACCCUCACUUAUUGGUGCCGGUGGCAAGGAAAUGGAUGCUCUCCGCCUAGAGACCGGCGCGCAGAUCGAUGUGCCUGGCUCACGGGACGCCGCCAGCGCGAAUGGACGCGUCGAUAUCAAAAUCAAGGGACAGAAGAAGAAUGUCGAGAACGCUGAGAAGCUGAUCAAGCAAAAGGCAGCCAUCUUCGAGAACACAAUACAGCGAACAUUAGACGUUGAUCGUCGGCAUCACAGGCACAUUAUUGGGCCAUCAGGUUCCACUCUUCGCAGCAUCGUGAUCAGAUCCGGUGGACCUGAAGACCAGCGACUCCACAACCGCAUGGUUCGCCUACCCAAGACUGACACCGAAGGAAAUUCCAUUCGGGUCGAAGGUCAAAAGGAAGUCGUUGAUAAAAUCAUCGCCGAGAUCGAAGCAAUCGUCCGCGACCAAGAUUCCAGAAAGGAAGACGUUGUUGAGGUCAAGCCAGAGAAGCACCGUUUAUUGAUUGGCCGUGGUGGCGAGACGCGUCGCAACCUCGAGCAACAGUUCAAUGUGUCGAUCAACAUUCCGAGGCAGACUGAGACUGGCCCACAACGCUCACAGGUCAAAAUUCAGGGUUUACCCGCAGACGUCGAGCGAGCCAAGGCCCACAUCCUGGAAGUCACCAAGGAACAGGAUGGCGAGACGAUUCAAGUGCCACGACGUUUCCACCACGGCAUUGCCGACAACGGACAGUUCUUCCGCAGACUGCGCAGUGAUCACAAGGUCUUGGUCGACCACAAUGGCCAGCGCCCGCCUCCGAAGCCAUCUACACCUGCACCGAGUCGCGGCAACGGAGCAGCCAUGCCGUUGAUCACGGACGACCCGUCUGCUAGCGCGGGUAGUCACUCAUGGGAGUCGCACGACCUCCAUUCGUCGACUGAGGAGGGCCAGAUCCCUUGGGUCCUCUCCGGUCCAUCCCCUGAAGCCGUAGCCGCUGCGCGCGUGAAGCUCGAGCGCGCAUUGGAGGAGGCUGCGAACCAGGAUACCAUCGGAUUCCUCAUCCUGCCCGACCCUCGUGCUUAUCGGCAUGUCAUUGGUCCUGGCGGAGCCGAGAUCAACCGCAUCCGCAAGCAGACGGGCACCAAAAUCCAAGUCCCACGGGACCAGGGACGAGGUGAGGCUAUCGAGAUUCUGGGCACCAAGAGCGGAGUCGAUGAGGCGAGGGAUAUCAUCCUCGAGAUCGUACAGAACAACGCAUAGAGCCUUCCUUGUCGUACCCAUCGAUUCUCAUCGGCUCGCGAUGAUCUGGGCGCUUGCGUUACGCCAGAGUGUCCAUGAUGGAACUUAGCGCAGCAACGGCGGGC